AUGUCUCCCGAAAAAUCAAUAAAACCAUUCUUACCUUCUCGACCCUCGGGACCAGUAUUUCUAGGUCUUAACGCUCUUCGGGUAUUGAGUAUCAUCUCGUUGCUAUUAGUCAUGGCAGCAAACAUCGUUACAAUGGCAAAUGAUAUCAAAGCCAUCAAAUCAUCUUCGGCUGCAUCAACUGAACAAGAAGAAGAAUGUGAUUACUACGAGUACUCGUCAGUUCCUGAUCAAACAGGUGGUCCGUUUUGGAGUAUCCUAAAUAGAAUAUUCAUCAUCUUCGAGUGUGUCUUACUCACCAUGUCCGAGAUUGGAAUUCCAAGGAGAUUAUUCGAAGAAUGGAUACCUAUACUUGGACCUGCACAUGGAUUGGGAUGUUUAGGUGUUUUCCAAGCUCUAAUUGGAGCACAAGUCCUUUCUCAUUACUGCGAUUUAUUCCCUCAAAUUUCCAGCUGGUUGUUAUUCAUCGUUGGUUGCUUGAACAUCCUUGCUGGUAUCUUCUUUAGAGGUUCAGCCAAGAAGAAGCGACUCGUAUUCUCCUGGGAGAACGUGUCAUCUCUUACUCCUCAAACUAGGAUGGCAGCCACAGCGUGGGAUAUGGUAUCCGAUAGGAAGCCUAGAUCAUCUUCCCCUUCCGAAUCCUCUGCACCACCACUAGCUAGAUCAGUGACUGGUUCUUCCGAUACGCCUUUACUGCCUGUAUCCAAGACCGUUCCAGGAGCGAGAUUCGGUGGAUUCGGAUUUGGCAGACAGGGUGAGAAAGCUGCAGCGGAAAGGGGUUGGAAGACUAGUAAACCCACUGAGGUCUUACCCCGUAAGUACCGGUGA